GCUGCUCGCAGUGCGCUCCACUGAGAUCAUCGUUGCGUGGCUGACAACGAGGCAGCAGGCGCAAAAUUGGAUCACUAAGACGAGCAGCGGCAACACAAGUCUUCACACUGUGAAGUUCACAGUCAGGUCAGUGGUUUCCGAAAUUUUCGCGUGACGAUCGCGUCAAUGGGUGAACCGUCGCUGGCCAUAUGACUCUCCCCCCACUCUGUAUUUUUCUCUUGCCGCGGUCGAAAGACGAAGACAGAGCUCACCACCCGAGGCGCGGGCGGUCCCCUUGAUAAAUAGUCCAGUGAGUCUGACACUGACGCAGAUACACUACAUCAUGCCGUUCAGCCGCCGCUGCUUAGCGCUUCUCGCGCCGUUGCUGCUAGCCUCGGCCACGCAGGCCAAAAACUACUUUAACCAGUCGGCUGGCUACGUGAUCGAGAUCUCCACGGACGAUUGGAGCAACUACGACAAGAAUGGCGGCUGUGUGACGUGCCCUUACACGUGCAUCGCCCCCACCGAAAGCUAUGAUGGCACCACAAUUAACGCCACCAACACGACCAUGACGGCGUCGCUGCCCAGCAUCUACACGCAGGUCAAGAGCAACGGCUGCUGCUACUCAUCGACCUCCACUACGCAGCCCUCGUGCUCCACGGAGGCUUCCCCCGCGACAGCCGAGAACUGCGGCUUCCUGCAUGGUCCCACGCUCGAGUGGCGUAUCAACAACGCGCUCAAGCCGCUGAGCGACUCCAUGACUGCCAUUCUAUUCGCCUCUACGGACUGCGAGACCUUCUGGGCCGUCGGGAAACAGAAUAUCCGCUACACGAGCAACACCAAAAGCAUCAAGGGCUCCAAGAUGAUCCAAAGCGGCUGCUACGGUGACCCCAGUGGCACCCCCAUGAUUCUCAGUGGCUGUCUGACUAGUCAGCUGACGUACUCGAAGACCAAGACAUACACGUGGAAGAACCUGGCCGAGAAGUGCGAGGGUCUCGCUGGACGGUGCGUCAUCACCAAUGCCGUCUGGGAGAAGCACCUCGAGUGCUGCACGUCGCGUACAGGUCUGGCCUCGGACUGGGACACGACCUUCAAGACGUACACCAAGUCGGCCUCUAAGGCGACCACUUUGAGCGGCGCGGCCAUCACGGGCAUCGUCAUCGGCGGCGUGGCGCUACUCAUGUGUCUCAUCCACUUCGGCGCGAAGGUGCGUGAACGCGCUCGCCAGACGGCUUUGAUGCGCGAGCAGGAGGCCACCGACGACUACGAGGAGAUCAUGACACCGCUCACCGCGGGCGACAAGCAACCUGUGGCACUGCAGCGUCCCAUUGGCCCUGCCACUCUGGAAGUCUCACUUCACGAAGGCGACCAGAUCUACCGCAAGAAAGAGGACGAGCUGCUCUUCGAGGGCGACAUGUACUAGGUUUUUUCAUAUCUUUCAGGACAGUGCAACGUCGUUUGAAUUGCUUCUUGUCUCGCUCAAAUUCAUCCCUAUUUUGUUUGUCUUA